GGUCAGUUUACCACGAUUCUAUGUGUAUGCUCGAGAAAUUCUUCAAUUGUCAACGACUCCUGAUCGGUCUUUGACCAUCCAUCUCUUCCCACCCGAUUGUCACUUUGCAUCCACAGUCACCAUGGCCGCAGCCAAUGUGCUGACUGCGUCGCCUCCCUUUACCCUCGAUGCUGGCACCGCCUUUUCCUUAGCCAUUGCCUUUUCUCUCAUGCCCUUGGCUCAAACUCUCGCAGCCUACGCACUUCCUAAACACACUCCCAAGGCUUACUACUAUCUCUUCUUGUGGCACGCCUACGAUUUCCUCACUCACUUCGUCAUCGAGGGUAGUUACCUAUAUCACUCCUUCUUCUCCUAUAUCGACCUCCCUGUCCACACCUCUGACUACCCACACCCGGCCUCGAGAGGAGUCGACAAACUUCCCUACCUGUACAAUCGAUCCGACCGCCGAUAUGGAGCGCUGUAUUCCCAAGCACCAAUGGCAAGAUUGUGGCAAGAAUAUGCAAAGGCUGAUCGAAGAUGGGGAGGCGCUGAUUUGACCGUCAUGUCGAUCGAGUUGCUGACUGUUGGACUCGCCGGACCUGCGGCUCUCUAUGUCUGUUACCUCAUCUCCAAGGCAGUCAAAACAGACCCUCCAGCCUUAAAGGCCAAAUACACAUCCCGCCUAUGGUUUGUUGCUGUGAUUCUGGCGACUGGGGAAUUGUAUGGUGGUUUUAUGACUUUUGCUCCCGAAUGGAUGAGUGGUAAUACUCAUUUGGCUGGAGAUGAUCCCGUCUAUUUGUGGCUCUAUUUGGUCUUCUUCAACACGCUAUGGGUGUUUAUCCCCUUGUGGGUGCUCUACCUUGCCUACCACAAAAUUUCGACAGCUUUCAUCUUGGCCUCGCCUUCGAUGAAAAAGUCCGAGUAACUGUAUAAGAGAGCAAGCAAGUCGUUUGCUCCAGUGUAGAAAGUCAAGACCCAAUGUACAAUUUUCCCC